CGGAGCUGGGGUGGAAGUGUGGGCGGGCGACGUCACUUCCGGAGAGUGACGGAGCGGCGGGUCAGAGGCGGCGGCAAAAUGGCGGCGCCUGAGGAACGGGAGCUGACGGCGGAGCAGACCGAGAAGCUGCUUCAGUUCCAGGACUUGACUGGCAUAGAGUCCAUGGACCAAUGUCGCCACACACUGGAGCAGCACAACUGGAACAUAGAGGCAGCUGUGCAGGACCGACUGAAUGAGCAAGAGGGUGUCCCAAGUGUCUUUAAUCCUCCUCCACUGCGGCCGUUGCAGGUCAAUACAGCUGACCACAGGAUCUACAGCUACGUUGUCUCAAGGCCACAGCCAAGGGGCCUGUUAGGAUGGGGUUACUACUUCAUAAUGCUUCCAUUCCGAUUCACCUAUUACACCUUACUUGAUAUAUUUAGGUUUGCUCUGCGUUUUAUACGCCCUGAUCCUCGUAGUCGGGUCACCGACCCAGUGGGUGACAUUAUUUCGUUUAUUCAUAUGUUUGAGGAAAAAUAUGGGAGGAUACACCCUGUCUUCUACCAGGGAACUUACAGCCAGGCACUGAACGAUGCCAAGCGGGAGCUGCGCUUCCUGUUGGUUUAUCUUCACGGGGAUGACCACCAAGACACAGAUGAGUUCUGCCGCAAUACACUGUGUGCACCUGAGGUCAUCACCCUCAUCAACACUAGAAUGCUCUUCUGGGCUUGCUCAACCAAUAAACCAGAGGGAUACAGAGUGUCUCAGGCCCUGCGGGAGAACACGUACCCGUUCCUGGCCGUGAUCAUGCUCAAGGACCGCAGGAUGACCGUGGUUGGGCGGCUGGAAGGCCUCAUCCAGGCUGAUGACCUCAUCAACCAGCUGAUGUUCAUCAUGGAUGCCAACCAGACAUACCUGGUGUCUGAGCGCCUGGAAAGGGAAGAGAGGAACCAAACCCAAGUGCUGAGGCAGCAGCAGGACGAGGCAUACCUGGCAUCCUUGCGUGCAGACCAGGAAAAGGAGCGCAAGAAGAAGGAGGAAAGGGAGAGGAAGAAGAAGAAGGAGGAGGAAGUGCAGCAGCAAAAACUGGCAGAAGAGAGGCGGCGGCAGACACUGCAGGAGGAGAAGGAGAGGAAGUCGGAAUGCCUUCCUCCAGAGCCCCAUCCUGAUGACCCAGAGAGCGUCAAGAUCAUUUUCAAGCUGCCCAACGAUUCCAGAGUGGAGCGGCGAUUCCACUUCACACAGUCAUUGACGGUGAUCCACGAUUUCCUGUUCUCCUUGAAAGAAAGCCCUGAGAAGUUCCAGAUUGAGGCCAACUUCCCUCGCCGUGUCCUGCCCUGCCUCCCUACAGAGGAGUGGCCCAACCCCCCGACGCUGCAGGAGGCGGGACUCAGCCACACGGAAGUCCUCUUUGUGCAGGACCUCACGGACGAUUGACACUUCCUUUUGGUUUUGUUUUUGUUUGUUUUGUUGUUUCGUUUUUUUUUUUCCAGAAGACACAAAACAGAAAGAGAAAUUCAUAUUAUUAUUAUAAUACAAUAUUUUUUUUAAAAGACUGCGUACAAACGAGGGAUCAGAGACCACAUGGCCCGUGCCAGCUGUGCUGUGUGUGUGCGCUGGCGAGAGGACGCCUGCACACGGCCAUCCCCUGCACCGGGGGGCACACGGGGGGAGCUGGUGUUGCCCCUCCGCCCUCCCUGGGGAGGAACAGGAAUGGCAGCUCUUGGUAAUUAUUGCUUUUAUUGAUGACAAUAAUAAUAAAACCCCAGCAACCCAACAUCUUGUGAAGAUUGAUACUCUGCUGCUCCUGAGAGACACAAGACCGAGUACCGGAACGUGCUGGGAUUGGGGUGGGGGGAAAGGGCUGGACAGACUCUCUUCAGCUUCCCUCUGUGUAUAAAUACUGUUCUUUUAAUAUUUCUCUUGCUUUGUAAUGACCAAAGGAGAUUGGGGUUGACUAUAGUAUUAACUUUUUGAUAAAGAGCUGGUUCAAUUCUUACCCAUGUGGGGCCUUGCCCAGGGUUCUUAGCCUGCGUAGUGUAAUAAACUCUGCCUCUAGCA